UUAUUUUUUUUUGGGUUUGUGUGUGUUUCUUAUUUUUUUAGCAGAAAAGCGUGGCUUUUAGAUGGAAAAGAUAUAAUAGGGUGAACAUAAAAAGAAGGAGAAGUGAUUUGUUCAAUUAAACUACAAGAAUUUCUCACGUGUACCAAACGAUAUAAAGAUAGAAUAAUCUUCUCGAAAAGUAUGCGUUUGCAUCAAAAUUUCAAGAAUCCAGACGAUCGUUCCGACUCUGAGUUCAUCGAUGAUGAGCUGGUAGAGGAAGUCGAAGAAAUGGAAAAUGAUGAAGAUUUGUUAGAUAACGAAGCAAGGUAUAUGCAAGCUAGUGAUUCGGAAGAUGAUGUCGAUAAUAGGGAUGCAGACUUCCAAUUAGAUGACGAUACUGAGGAUAGUUCAGAAUUUGAUGAAAUGGCCGAAAAUACAGAUGAAACCUUAAGCAACGACGAAAGGGAUAAUGCGAAUAAACCUUUAGUCAGACCGAAACCAUCGACAUUGAAUAAAAAUGUUCAAACUGAAACAAGUGAUGACGGAGGUGGCACAGAAAGCUGCGGCGGACGAAAAGAUGGUAUUGAUAAUGUUGCUGAUAUUACGAAGAGUAUUAAAAGUUCAGUAUUUGAAUUGAAAGAGGAAGAUGAAGACGAUGAGACCGUCAGAGCUAUUAUUGCGGCUAUAAAAAAACCGCGUUCCUCGCCGCCUGAAAUAAAGUUGGAAGAUUUUGUUACCGACAUUUGUUUUCACCCUGAGCGUGAUAUUAUCGCUGUGGCUACAAUUUCCGGGGAUGUUUGUUUGUACGAGUAUUCAAAUCAAAAGAAUACACUGUUGCACAAUAUUGAAGUUCACGCCAAGGCUUGCCGCGAUGUUCAAUUUACAGAGGAUGGCUGUUACUUACUUACCUGCUCCAAAGACAAAUCUAUAAUGGUAACCGAUGUAGAAACCGAGAAAUUGAAGAAAUUUUAUGAAAAUGCUCACGAGGACGCUAUAAACAAGUUACACGUCAUUGAUGCCAAUGUUUUUGCUACCGGCGAUGACGCGGGCACUAUUAAACUUUGGGAUUUACGCAUGAAAAAUGAAAUUUUUGGUCUUAAAGAAGUAGAAGAUUACAUAACCCAAUUAUUAACGAACGAUGUAGGAAAAUUACUCUUUGCAACCAGUGGCGGAGGUUACUUAUCGACCAUCAAUAUUGCCGCGCGUAAAUUAUAUGUACAAUCUGAACCUUAUGAGGAGGAAUUAACUUGCAUGGGAAUUUAUAGGGGGGACUCCAAGCUCGUAGUCGGUUCUUCCAAGGGUAAUUUGUACACAUUCAAUUGGGGGCAAUUUGGUUAUCAUAGCGACAAAUUUCCGGGAGUGAAGGCAUCUAUGAGUGAAAUGAUUCCGAUUACCGAUCGUAUCGCCUGCGUGGCAGGCGAAGAGGGCAUUAUAAGAGCUGUCCACGUGGCGCCAUUUCGUAAUUUAGGAAUUGUUGGUCAGCAUACAAUGCCAAUAGAAUCUCUGGAUAUCAGUAAUAAUGGCGAAUUAAUUGCCUCUUCUUCGCACCAUAACGACGUACGUUUCUGGAAUGUUAAAUAUUUCGAAGAUUUUGGUGAUAUUAAAUACAACGAGAAGCACAACGCAUACAAAGAGAAGCAUCACAAUUUGCCAUCGUCUAAAUUCACUAAUGCGUCAGACUUCUUUUCCGAUUUGGCUAAGGAAAACACCGAAGAGUAAAGCAAGGAAUAUAUAUGUGCGACAUUUGGGGGGAGAUGACGCGUUUACUUCCUUGUUUUACCUGCUACAAUAAUAUAAAAGUUGCUAGGCACGUAAACUUUUCGACCUUCGUAACUUCGUUACACGUUAAACAUUCUAAUCAAAAUUACAAGUGAUUACUAAAUUUUUCGAAAACAGAAAAUGAGUUUCAUGUUUGUGAUUGUGAAGCUUUUGUCACGGUCUAGCGUUUAUUGAUUAGAAAUGAAGAG